CAGUUGACAUUGAAGCGCUUUUGUAGUUUGGCACAGCGUUUGGGAGGAAAAUACUUGUUUUCGCUUGCGGAAAUGUAAAUCAAACUUUGUUACCAACGUUUAUUACAUCUAAAGAGAAAACUAUAGCGCUAAACGGUAAUAUCGACGCACCUUGUUAAAAUUUUGCAUUUCAAAUAUGCCUCGAAAAGGUCGAGUAAAAAAAGAAGGCCCUGAAUCUGGGGAGGAUUCUGACGAGUACCGCAAAAGAAGAGACAGGAACAAUCUGGCUGUUAAACGGAGCAGAGUGAAAUCAAAGCAAAAAACCCAAGAAACGGUAAACCGUGUGACUGAGCUCAGGAAUGAGAACUCAGUGUUAGAGGAAAAAGUUAAAACCCUUACCAAAGAAUUGAGUUUCCUGAAGGAGCUGUUUUUGGCCCACGCUUCGAACAAUAUCGAUCCAAGUAAGUUUGAAGGAGUAAACUUGCAGAAGUUGUUAGCGGAGGACCCUGCACCUAGUUCUAGCGGUCAGCAGCAGCAUUAAUAAUGUUCAAAGGUGAAGGUAAACGCUUAAUCUUGUAGAGCAAAUAAUGUGAACGACAAUUUAUUAUUGUUGUCCCAUUAUUUGUUCCGACCUCAGCGCUUCAAAACCAUCUAUUGAUAAUUGGAUUUUUUGUUUCACUGAGGUUUGUUUUGAGUCAAAAAUGGAAAUUUAUGUCAACUUUUAGACUCGCUGUUAUUCUGUGAAAGGAAUGACUUUGUGUAAAUAAAUCCUGAAAUUUGUAUAUAGUGAAGGCCAUCACAUUUGUUGUGUUGUGUAAAACGGGCCCUUAACCCAUUAUUUGUACAAAAUGUUUGUUAUUUUUCAAUAAAAACUAUAAGGCAG